CAUUGCCGUUCGUCUCUUCAUGCGUAUAUAAAGUCAAGUCACACGAGUGAUGUCCGUACAAUCAUAUACAUCAGACUGCGAAUAACACGUGUUAGCCAUGAAACUCGCAGUGUUUUGCCUGUUGGCCAUUAUUUCUGUUGUUUACGCGGAGGAAACAACAUACACUGAUAAAUUUGACAACAUAGAUAUAGAUCAGAUUAUUCGGAAUGAGCGAUUGUUGAAGCGAUAUGUCGAUUGUAUGCUAGACAAGCCCGACAUUAGAUGCCCUCCCGAAGCUAUUGAAUUGAGGAAAAACAUAGACGAGGCGCUAGAAAAUGACUGUGCAAAAUGUACGAACAAACAGAAAGAGAUAACAGAGAAGGUGAUAAAUCAUCUAGUGAGAAAUAAGAAAGAUUGGUGGGAUCUAUUGAAGGUGAAAUACGAUCCGGAAGAGAAAUUCUCGAAGAAAUAUGAGGAAGCGGCCAAGAACGAAAACAUCAAGAUUUCAAAAUUGUCUUUUCUGUUUCUCGAAAUAGUCAUAGAGAACUCAAAGCAGAUACUUGCAGAAUCUGUGAACUUAACCGUGAGAUAUUUAAUUCCUUCUCUACCUAGCGUGACCAAGUCUGCGUCUCAGGCUCUCGUUGUAGAGAUACAAUACACGCCUUUUCUCGCGUUUCCUGUAGAAGAACGAGCAGAUUACGCGUCGCAGCCGUUGCGUGUAAGCGGCGGUGAACAACAACAUCCAAAUAGCCAGAUAGAGCGAAUAGAUCUUGAGGAUCAUGUAAUUCGGAGCAACGCAUCGAUCUUAUCCGGUACGAUGAGAUAUCUAGUCGUCGUCUUUAUCACCGUGUGUGUCCUUUCAUCCUCUUCCGUUUUUGCCGAAGAGAUGUACACCACGAAAUUCGACAAUGUAGACGUGGACGCGAUAUUAAGCAAUGACAGACUAUUAAACGGAUACGUGGGUUGCCUGCUUGAUAAGAAUCCUUGCACUCCAGACGCAUCGGAACUCAAAAAGAAUUUACCGGAUGCAUUGGAGCACGAUUGCGCCGGUUGUAGUGAGGCACAAAAGAAUAUGGCCGACAAGCUCUCUCAUCAUCUAAUCGACAACAAACCGGACGACUGGAAAUUAUUGGAGGACAAAUAUGAUCCUACUGGAGCAUACCGACGGCGUUAUCUGGAGAACAAAUCCGGGGAUGGAGGCAGACUCGAUUAAGAUCAUUCUCUACGC